ACUGAAGAAACUCAAAUGUGUUUUUCUCUGCAGAGCACCUGUAAUGGUGGCCAGCGGGACGGGCCCACGCAGGGCCAGAAUGGGGGCGUGCAGAGAGGAGAGGCGCCCUCCCUCAGCCCGGAGAGCACAGAGGAGCCAAGGGUGUUGGAGCACAAACGAACGGGCCGGGCGCUAGAGCCAGAGAAAGAUCACACCCGCUCUGUUUCUCUGCUGGAACAAAAACGCAAGGUGGUCUCUUCCAGCAUCGACGUACCACAAGCCAGAAAAUCAGAGGAGGAGGUGGACAUGGACAAAGUGACAGCUGCCAUGGUGUUGACCAGCCUGUCCACUAGUCCUCUGGUACGCAGCCCUCCUGUAAAAGUUAGUGAGGGUCUGAACGGCUCAUGGAAGGACGGAGGCUUUACUCCAUCCAGCUACAGCAGCAGUGGAUAUUGGAGUUGGAGUGCGCCCAGUGACCAGUCCAACCCAUCCACGCCGUCCCCUCCCCUGUCCGCUGACAGCUUCAAACCCUUCCGGAUGCCCAGCCUCAGCGGCCCACCAGACGACAACAUCGAUGAGCAUGAUGGGAACAGCUUGCUGUUCGACGAACCCAUCCCCCGCAAACGCAAGAACUCCAUGAAGGUGAUGUUCAAGUGUCUGUGGAAGAACUGUGGGAAGGUCUUGAGCACAGCUGCUGGAAUCCAAAGGCACAUUCGAACCGUCCACCUGGGGAGGAACUGUGACUCAGAGUGCAGUGAUGGAGAGGAGGAUUUCUACUACACUGAGAUCAAGCUGAACACCGACUCUGUGGCGGACGGUUUGAGCAGUCUGUCUCCUGUGUCCCCGUCUGUGUUAUCCCCCCCGUUGGGUUUGGACCAGAGACAGCCGGAUGGCACUAACGGAGCAAAGAACGAGAACAGCACCACCACCCCUCUCAGCCGCUCCGCUCCCAGCGCGCUCUACCUAGUGCACACAGACCACGCCUACCAGGCCACAGCCCCUGUCACCAUCCCCUCCACCAGCUCCACUGGCUUCACCCCCUCCAGCAGCAGUUUCAGUAUCUCCUGGCAGUCCCCACCAGUCACAUUUACUGGCACCUCUGCCUCUCCCACUCACAGCCGGACGCAGGGCUUUGGGGAGCAGCGCUCUCAGACCAUUGCUGUGCUCUCCUCUCCCCCCAGAGCCGCAGGCUCACUCAGUAGGAAGUCACGAGGCGAGGGAAAGAAGUGUCGUAAGGUGUACGGGAUGGAAAACAGAGACAUGUGGUGCACAGCCUGCCGCUGGAAGAAAGCCUGCCAGAGAUUUGUUGACUGAAACAGCUGCGAUGGCUUACACACAAAAACAGGGUGGGCUUCCUUUGCAUGCAUAGCAUAAUGAAAUGCAUCCCUUCUCUUUCUUACUGACCACAGCCCCACCCUGCUUCACCUUAAACCCACAUGGACUUUGAGGGUCAAACCCUUAUGCAUUCCCUCCUAAACCAACGGACGCACUCCCAAUCUUUGCAGAUUUCCAACUCUCCCUUUGAGGCGAGUUGCUUUACACUGCAAAAAAAAAAAAAAAGACUUGAUCGAUUUUUUGUUUGUGUUCAGUAUACUGCUUAAAAACAUUCUUGUCCGUUCCUAAAGGACCAGUCAGGGCAAGACCAGCCUCUGUCCAUGCUCUUUUUAAAAGAGAAGAAAGCUCUCUUUCAGACUGUGUAAGUGCUAUAAAAACCCAACUGGAGAAGUGUUUCUUUUUCCAUGGGCACAUUUUCACAUUUCUCCUGCCCAUUUUACUAAAGGUUAAGGGUUGGACAGCUAGAAAACCCUGUCUUCUCAAGAAUGUACCACCACAAGGGUUUGUUUUGGGAUGAUGACUGGACAGCUCCCCUGAAUGGAAAUUCCUCGAUGCAAAAAAAUAAUACAAAUAAAUAUGGGAAGAGACUUUCAGCUCCCCCUUUCAGUCAUGCUGACACAGGCAAUUGCACCUACGAAGGACGAAUUUUAUAUCUGGUUUUAUAUUUGCGUUUACCAGUAGGACAUUUCUUUCAGGGAUGCGAGCAGUAAAAGUUAAACCAGCAGUUAGAAUUAACAUCAAAGAACUCAGUGCUUUCUGUCACAGGAAUACCUUCUUGCUACCAAAAAGGGUUUUAUUACGUGCCAUUUUCUUUUCUUUUUGCUUUGCAACUGACUUCAACAGAAUGAAGUACAAAGACUGCGAUCAUUAAAACCCAACGGCACAGACUCGCAUCAAAGUUAGCGAUCGCAAGAACCAGCCAUUCAGGCAACCUCUCCUUCCCAUCGGACUUCAUCUGCAGGAAUGAACUGCACUCAUAUUAGAGCCAUAUAUGAACCGGGGUGGUUUCAUGCCACAGUCUGUUGCCUAGAGAGGUUCAACCAACAUGCCCAAGUAAAGAAAACUCUGCAAAGUGGUUAAUUUUACCUCUGAAAGGUGAAGAGCUCUUUACCUCUCACCUUUUUCCUGACCUCACAGGUUCAAGUAAGAAGUAAUAAAAAUAGCAAAUGCCACAUCUACUCCAGCACAGGAGCUGGAAGCACUCAGAUGUGGUGGUGUUAUUCUUCUGUAGUUGGUACAGUAUCGUGUAACGCAGCAGAACACUGGUCACAGGAGGAUGGACGUGUUUUCACGAUGGGCUUCUUUGCAAAGGAUGACCAGAAAAAUUGUCCCAAGACGUCAACACUUGGUUUGGCUCUUAAGGAAUAUGGCAGCUCGGUUGGCAAUUGUAAUCUGGAACUGUUUUGGUGGCUCUGACAGUCUAAUAUGAUAUCGUCUACGUAACAUCAACACAAGCUAGUUAACUCAUCAUAAACCUGCAAACAAUGCUUAUUGUGAUCAACUCAUUGUCUGUAUCCGUUUUGUUCAUCACACUGUUUCCCUUUCACUUACUGUCGAUGUGUAUAUAGAUGAGGUAUAUAGUAUUAAACCCCCAAACAAAAUGUUUUAUGCCCAGCAUAACACUUGGUUUUAUUGGUAGAAUGGCUUUGUUCACACUGCACAUAAAUCAGAUUUGGUUUCAAAUCCGAUUUCAAUUAUUAGAUCCAUUUGUUUGUACAAUGUAGUCAAUAUCCUAUGUCUCCACAUGGAUUAUUUACGAAUGCUAUAACCAUCAUCCUGACAAGCGAUUAAAAGCGACGCAAACAUCUAAAAGUACAGUAAACUACUUGGAAUCUGAUUCCGAUUCACACUAAGAUGCAUUAAAUAAAUAUGAUCUGAUGACCUGGUAUGGAUGUGGUUUGGAUCUGGUUCAUAAACAUCAGGUCUCCUGUGGUCUUCUGCAGUUCAGAAUACAAAAACUUGAUAUGGCGAGAAAUGGAUUUUAAUUUAAUGUAAUUUCACACCAAAAAUGGAUGUGGUUUGGAUCUGGUUUGUUUUGUUUUAUGUGGUCUUUCAUCAAUUCAGACUACAAAAAAACUCAAUGGAUUGACCAAAAAAAUAAAUAAAAAUCGGAAUUUUGCUGCCUGUGUGAAUAAAGCCAGAUACUACACGAACAGAAAAAAAACUAAAAGGCAU